AUGUUCUAUGAUGACCAUCAUACAUUCUCCGAGGUACAUGGCAAGACCAAUCAUUCCAUCAACCUGCAACUCCAUGAUGUCAAUGGCACGCACCUGCUUGCUUUCCUUUGCUGCACAUACAUGGCCUGUUCAUCAAUCGACUCUGUUCCUCCUCCCCCUCAAAGUUCAUCUUGAACAUAACAAUUCCAUCUUGACCAUGCUGAGUGUCGAAGCUAAUGAGCUGAAAGAACUCAGCUUUCUGAAUGUUGUCUACCCCCAUCCUCUGCUGCUUGCACGAGACUCGGCAAUGCCAAGUGUGCUUGCUCAACACUAGUCACGGCAAAACAUUCCCGGAGAAAGAAGUGAGGAUAGAAGAGGACAGCGGUGGCUGGCUCUGCAAGCUACGGUCCACAAGCAAUUCCUAGACUCUCUCUCUCUCUCUCUACUGAUUGCUAGUGGAGUGUCCCGAUGGAAGAGUGAGAAGAAGGCAUGAAUUGAUGGGCAAUGCAGCAGUCGUGGACUUGGUUGUCUUCCAGAACCCGACUAUGAUGCCCAGCCAAGCAUAAAGAAGGGAGUAGGAGAAAAGAGGAGAGGGAUAGGUAUCAUGUGACAAGGACUUGGUUCCACUGUUUUGGCAGUACCUACAUAGAUCGAUUGAGGAGAGACAGAGAUACACUUGGGCUGCAGAUCGGGCAAUUUGGCUCGAACCCAACUCGAGUCGAUUCGGGGAAGUCUUCGCCUGACUCGAACCCGACAUGAAGUCAAAGUCAAACAAGUGUACACCUUCACUGCGUGUGUAUAUAAAACCACCACCACCGUCGCCUUCCAUCACGAGAACGCUGCUGACCACCUUCACCAAUUUACCCACGAAUCCGACGGUCAAGAUUCCCCCGUUACUCCCCCGCAUGGCCGUCUCCUCCAAAUCCGACGGCCCAGAUUCAGCCGCCGAGCCCGACGCCGACCACUUCGAGUUCUUCUCCUUCCCCUCACCUCCAGCCAUGUGCGCCGCCGCGGACGUCUUCCUCGGCGGAAAGAUCCUCCCUUUCGGCGCUCCUCCCCCCAAACGAGCUGAAAACCUCAGCGACCUUUGUUGGCAGGAGACCUACGCCGCUUCCGAGUGCUCCCGCCGGCGCCGCAGGUUCUGGGGCGGGCGUGUGAAGGCCGAGUACCGGAGGCUGAGGAGCGUGUCGGACUGCCACGGGAUGCUCCCCCCGCCGGCGGCGAGGCAGCAGCGACCGAGGUGGUACCUCUGCGUGCUCGGGUCGGUGCGGGUGCCGGCGACGAUGGACAUGAGCGACAUCCGGAGCCGGCAGCGCCGGCAGAGCGCGGCGGCGGAGGCGGAGCCGGGGCGAGGGCCGAGCGGCGACGUGGGCCGGGCGACGUGGAGGCUGCUGCGCUCGCUGAGCUGCACGGGGCUGGAGAGCGCCUCCGCCGUCACCGUGCCGUUGCGGUUCGCUGAGCACGUGCAGGACACGUGAACUUUUGUUUCCCGAAACGCGGAGGGGCAUUAUUGGAAGAGAGACCACCGGGGGGCACUACGGGAAGAGGCCCUGCCAUACUUAAAUUCCGAAAAUACCCUUUUCUUGAAAUAUUGAAUUAGAAGGGCAUUGAAUUAGAAGGAAGAGGGAAGCACAAAGAAGUAAUUUACUUGCAUUUAAGGAGGCUUUUUGGUGAUGUUGAUGA